AUGAAGGAAUUAACAUCAAAACAUGUCUCGAUUUUACAAAUUGCAAAUGAUAAUACUGGUGUUAUUAGUUUAAAUGAAAAAGAUUUUCUAUGGAUUGAACAAUUAUCUCAGGCAAGUCUUAUUACUAAUGAAGAACAAUAUUUCAUUACAUCAGAUUCACGAUUAACAUUUGAUUUUGCCUAUAUUCAAUCGCAGAUUAUUCGAAUAUAUCUUCUCUAUUGUCGUAUUAACUAUCGUCAUAUUAUUCAAAAAUAUCAAUGUCAUACAAAAGGAAUAAAAUCAAUAACAAAUAUUGAACAUUUAGAUCUCGAUGAAAACUAUUUAGUUCGACUAAAUGUUGAUCAAAUUGAAAAUGAAUGGAACCACCUGAAAGAUAUGUUAUUAGAUAAACUUUAUCAAUCUCAUAAUCUUCUAAGACAAAUAGCAUUAACAUUAAAAAAAUAUUCAAAUAAACUAUCAUCAAUUAAUCUCUUCGAAUUUGUCAGAAUGACCGAUCAUGAUAAUGAUAUUCUUCCACGAUUAGAACAAUAUGAAAUAAAAGAUUUUCAAUUAUGUUAUAUAGAUCAUGUCAUUGAAAUCUAUGCAAAAUCUGUUAGUGGAUUUCAACAUUUGUUUACAGACGUAUCAGCUCUACUACGAGUAUCAAUUGAUAGUCAAUUAAAUAAUGAAAUCAUUCAAAAAUUUAAUGAAAAUAUAAUAAAUAUCGAUUAUAAGAAUGAUAUUGAUGAAAUUCAAGAAAAAAUUCAAACAAUUACAGAAUUUCUUAACGAAUUAAAAACAAUUGAAGAUACUCUUCUUCAACAAUCUACACAAUCAUUGAUCGAAAUAUGUCAAUAUUUAUCAAUCGAUAGUACACUUCUUUCAUUAAUACCAUAUAGAAUUAAAUGUGAAAAUUAUGUUGAUCUUUAUAUUCAUUUAAUUCGUACAAGAUCAAAACUUCAAGAACAAAAACUUAAUAUUGAAGAACAAGAAAGAAAUUUAUGGAAUGAAGAUUUUAAUUCAGAAUCUGAUAAACAAACAUUGAAACAGAGACAAAAUAAUAAUGAUUCACAUAAUUGGGAAAUUUCUAUGACCAAUAUAAAAAAAUCAACUGUUGAUUUAACGCUUGAAAAUAAUUUAUUCGAUAUAAAUCAACCAUCAAUGAAAUUAUCUAAAGAUGACUCAGAUACCGAUAUCGAAUAUACAUCUUUAAUAACAUUAAAUUUAAAAAAAGUUCCAUAUACAUCAUCAAUAUUCAUUCAACAAAUACAUAAAUAUCGAGAAGAAUUACCCACACCAUCGAUUACUGUAAAAUCAAUCCAAAAAAUUACUAUUGUAUGUCCAAAUGGUGAAUUGAAAACAUAUAUCUCGAAACCGGAGAAAUUUUGCGAAAAAUUAAAUAAAUUAUUUGAAAAACAAUAUGAUUAUAAUUUAUUUGUUGUUGUCGAUAAAAAUGAAAUAUUUGUUGAUUUUACAAAGAAUAACUAUUGUUUACCAUAUGAACCACUUUUAAAAUAUUAUAUUAUUGAAAAACAACUUCUAAUUCAGAUUCAAAUUCAAUUUCGAGCACAAAUAUAUGAAUAUUUCACUACAUCAAAAUGCACUAUUUCAACUAUCAUUCAACAUUUUAUUGAUGAUAAUCAGUUGAAAAAAUUAUCAUCAGAUAUUAUUCUUUGUUUCUAUGAUGAAUAUGGAAAAUGUAUUAAUGAUGGAACUAUUAGCGAUGUUUUUAAAAAGGAUCAAAAGAUUAUUUUGAUUUUUGUAACAGAAGAAACAUUGAAUACCAGUUUUCUAUAUGAAUUUGUUUUACAAUCCAAUACAGGUAACCAAAAGAAUACUGUUAGAGCAAUGUUGGCGGAAUUAACAUGUGAAACACGAUUGUAA